AUGCUCGGAGGAACUGGCAUCUGCGCAAUCAACAUUUCACAGACAACGCUGUUUCAACACGACCCCUUCUUCACCUACAGCCUUCAAACACCAACCGUCCCCAUCAUGGCAGCCAUAAGCGAAAACACCGCCGCGAACAAGAAGCACUGGGACGAAAAGGCAGCCACUUACGAGAGUGACCCCAAGUGGGAGAAACCCAUCGCUCAGCUGAUUGCCGCCGUCAAAGGUGGACGGGAUUUCAUCGGCGCGGACUGGGUAAAAGACGGAGAGUCGGACAGAACAGUCAAGAUGAUCGACUAUGCCUGUGGUCCGGGGACGAUAUCCAGGGCACUGUACCCAUACGUCACCCAGUCCCGUGGCAUAGACUUGUCACCCAACAUGGUGGCUCAGUACAAAGCUCGGGCAAGGGCCGAGGGCUUGACCCCCCAGCAAAUGGACGCCUUCGAGGGCAACAUCCUAGACGACGACGGCGCGGCGCUGUCGGACCCCUCUCUUCGGGACGCCGACCUGGCCUGCGUCAGCAUGGCGAUGCACCACAUGGACGACCCGGCGAAGGUGGCCUCCAGGCUGGUGGAGCGCCUGCGGCCUGGCGGCGUGCUCUUCGUCGUCGAUAUGCUGACGCACGAGAUUCCCGGUAUUUCAGGGGCCAAGCAUAACCACCACCAUCAUGGCGGCCAUGGGCAUGGCCAUGGACACGAUCACGGUCACGGUCACGGUCACGGUCACGGUGACCACGGGGACGGACAUGCAAAGCACCAAACAGGGAACGGGGUGGAAGAGGACUGGGAGGUACUGCCCACCAUUACGCAUAGCGGCUUCUCUCCAGAGGAGGUCAAAGAUAUGUUUGAGAAGGCGGGAGCUGGAGCCGACUUUGCCUUUGAGGUGGUCGACAGUGUGGAGAUGCCGUCGCCCUUCAAGCCCAAGCCUAUCGUCUUUUUUGCCAGGGGAACAAAGAAGGCGGCAGCCUCUCUAUGA